CAGCGAAUCGGGUAUACAUAUGAUCCCCUCGCUCGAUCGCUCCGUCGCUCGUGGAUCAAUUGCUGGGAACUUGCUCUACGUUUGCCGCCCACAUGCCCAACACUUACACCUCCUCGCUCGUCGUCCAAGCUGAUGCCCACCUGGCUGGCCUGUGGCCUGCAUGUAUAUAUAUAAGAUACGACGCAUGUCGUCCGUCCAAGUCCAACGCAAUUAAUCCAAGGCGGAGUCGACGAUCUCUUCGAUCCACGGCAACAGUACGUACGUCAAAUUGAGACAUGUUGGAGCUGCUGGUGCUGCCGCCGGCGCUGGACCUCCUCCUCCACAGCUGCCUCAUCGUGUCGGUGUCAUCUCUACUGAUCAUGCUCGCGCUCCAGCCGCUACUGCCCGGCGGCACCGACGUGGCCUCAGCGAGCAGGGGCGUGCGCUCCGCGUCGCGGGCGGUCCUCGCGCGCCUCCUGCCGUCGUCGUCCCGCACCCGCAGCGGCGUGCCCGUGGCGCCGCCUCCUCCUCCUCCUCCCCCGCGGCAUUGCGAGCUGUGCGCCGCGUCGUCGUGGCCGGGCACCGUGGCGGCCGUGACGGCGACCCUGCACCUGGACGCCGACGCCGACGGCGACACGGAGCGCUCCUCCAUCUCCUCCGCCGAGGAGGACGGCACCGCGUGCGGCGGGUGCGCGGCGUUGGCGGCGGUGGAGGAGCUGCUGGGAAGCAAGGAGGCGACGGAGCGCGAGCUGCGCGAGGCGUUCCGCGUGUUCGACCGCGACGAGGACGGGUUCGUGGGCGCCGCCGAGCUCUGGUACGUGCUGCGCCGCCUCGGGAUGGGCGGCUCGAGCUCGGCGCGGGAGGACUGCGCCCGGAUGAUCGCGGCGCACGACGCCGACGGCGACGGCCGCAUCAGCUUCCGCGAGUUCAGGGACAUGAUGGAGCGCGCGGUCUGAGCGAGCGCCGUGGGUGGAGGUGGACCCUGGACCGUGCGUGGACGUAGCACGCGGUUGGCUGGGGCGGCCGGGGUGGUUUUCGUUUUCGUUUUCGUUGCUCGAUCUAUGUAAAUUGCACAGUAAGUGCCGGCCGUGAACUUAACUAGCUGUGUAGUUAGUUAGUACCACUACUUAGCUACGGCAUUGAGAUGUUUGAUAAAUAAACGGUAAGUAAGAUGUUGAGGUUUGGAGUCCCAAGAAAACGGGAGCCUCGAACUUCUGGUUCACACCGGUGUUGGCGUUUAGUACUCUGAGAGAGAGAGAGAGUGUGUGUGUGUGUGUGUGUGAACGAAACGAAGCGGUUUUCCCA